UCGGAACUGACGUCUCCUGAAAGUUAAACGUGGGAUAUAUACAGCUAAACGGCGGAAAUGCGAAGGCAAGUUGCACUAUGCUUGGUUUUGGUAGUGAAUUGUAUGUAUGGCUUGCCACUCGAUCUAGAAUCGCCAGAAGAUGAGCCAGCUUUGGUUAAGUGUGUAGGUUCUAAUGGUCAGAGUUACCUUAAAGGUGACCUCUGGGUCGAUGUUGUAGAUGGAGUUGACAAUAUAUGUAGAUGUUUACCCUAUUAUACAAGGAGAAUUGAUGUGUUUAGCCCGCUGGAACUACCGCGGCAUUUGCGCACUCGAUUAACUAAGCUCUGUUUUUUGGAUGGCUGUAGUCGAGGAGAUCGAGUAUUCCCACCCUACACUGAGAUAGUGGCACACGAUGGUUGCAUUUCCAAAUGUAUACCAGGGACGGACCCCGUUGACAAUAUGAGGGCACAGUAUUCCACCUUCCAUUUCAAAGAAACUUCAAUGUGUAAUCAUUAGAAGUGGUUGCAUUUGUUGCGGAAAUAAAUGCGUAUGCAAUGUCAUGCGAUAUAAAAUCUC